CACACAACAAGUACAAGAAGAAAGCAGAGAGAGAGAGGGGUGCAGCAAUUUCUUUCUCUCUCUCUCUAAAACUUGUUGUCUCCACUCCAACUCCAUCUCUAUCUCUAGGAAGAUGGGUGUAUGUAUAGGCUGCAGUUUCUCUGUGGUGCUCAUAGGCUUACUACUGCUCACCAUUCUUCUUCACAAACCACAUAAUGCAAAUGGAGCCCAGCAGCAGCAGCACCCUUUCUGCGAUUAUUUUCAAGGGACUUGGGUUGAAGAUCAAACCUAUCCUCUCUACGAUUCCUCCAUGUGUCCCUUCAUAGAACAUGAAUUCAAUUGCCUCAGAAAUGGCCGCCCUGACCGCUCUUAUCUUCACUACAGAUGGCAACCUCUUGACUGCAUUCUAACCAGAUUUGAUGGGCGGGCCUUCCUGGAGAAAUUCAAAGGGAAAAGCAUAAUGUUUGUGGGCGAUUCGUUGAGCCGAAACCAAUGGCAGUCACUCACCUGCCUUCUCUACACUUCAACGCCUGCCACCAAUUACAAUCAAACCAGGGUUGGUGACGUCUCCAUUUUCACCUUCACGGACUAUGAUGUCAAAGUAAUGCUGGACCGCACUGUGUAUUUGGUGGAUGUUGUUAGGGAAGAGAAGGGGAGAAUCUUAAAACUAGACUCCAUUGAAGGAGGGAAGCUAUGGAAUGGAAUAGAUAUGCUAAUCUUCAACACAUGGCAUUGGUGGAACCGCAGAGGAGUCACCCAACCAUGGGAUUACAUCAAAAUCGGAGACCAAUACUAUAAAGACAUGGAUCGAGUGGCUGCUUUCGAGAGGGCACUGCUUACAUGGGCUAGUUGGGUGGAGGCCAACAUUGACCCUUCCAAAACAAUGGUUUUCUUCCAAGGCAUUUCCCCAUCACACUACAAUGGCACAGAUUGGAAUGAACCGGGGGUUAAAAAUUGCUUAGGGCAGAAGCUGCCAUUGAGCGGCUCAACAUAUCCCGGAGGUUUGCCUCCUGCAUUGACAGUGCUGAAGAGAGUACUGAGAACAAUAGAGAAGCCUGUUACAUUGCUUGAUGUCACAAACCUGUCGUUGUUGCGAAAAGACGGGCACCCUUCGAUGUAUGGGCUCGGGGGAAGAACAGGAAUGGAUUGCAGCCAUUGGUGUCUAGCUGGAGUUCCUGAUACUUGGAAUGAAAUACUCUACAACAUUAUUCUUUAAUGAGUUUAUACUGAGAAGUACUGAGAACUACUAUAUUAAUUCUUACAUUUUCUUGAUUUUACUUUGUAAUAUUACUAGAACAGAUGAAUUGGUCAGCCCCUAAUGGCAACAUUGAUAAAUUGUAUUUCAGAUUCUGGGCAAAUGGUUACAGAGUUUAACCUGGAAAA